UGGGCGCUUCGAUUGUACCGUUUUGGCGCAGCAUCCGCAUUUUAUCCAGGGCGGCUAUCUAGUUCGAAGGACGCACGUAUGCAUUUGCUGGAGAGUAAAUUUACAAUUAAAAACCCCAUAUUGAAAUAUCUCUCGUGUGAUUUAAAUUUUUAAGUUAUAUUCAGGCUACUUAGUAAGCCGUUACUGCACCAAACAUGGACGAUCCUGCCUUUCCAGACAGCCACUACACGACUACCACGACCGGCGCCACAACCACCACGACAACGGUCCAGUCUCCGCCGUUGAGUGUGGACAAGGCGUAUCUGAUGUCCCCGCCCGGCAUUCUGCGACUAGUUCAGAUUGUCUUAGGUCUGCUGUACUGGAUCUUAUUGGUAUCCUGUGCGUCUUAUGGAGGAUUCCCCAUUGCCAUGUCCAUCAUGGCCUGGAUCUUCACCCUAUUCUUCUUCGUCGUGUUCCUGUUGCAACUGGACAAGCGGGUGCCUGCUGUCCACUGGGUUCUGACUGUGUUGCUUCAUGACCUCGGGUGGACUGUAAUGCAUUUCAUUUGUGCUUGUAUAGUAGCCAACUGGGCCGCCAGUCCGUGGAUUGGAUAUUAUUACAGGCAUGGAUGCGUAUCAUUUUCAGCCGUGCUUGGAUUUGCCCUCUUUGUCCUUUACGGAGUCAGCACCUUCUUUGGUUUCCGUGUUUUCCAAGCCGGCGGUGGGCUGAGCCGGCUGACGGGGGGUAGCGGGGGGCCAGGGGCCACAGCUACCACCACCACCACUGUCACCACCACUGAGUACGCUGCGGAAAAGGGGGAUGAGGGACCCCCUCCUUACACUAACCCAUAAGUUGUCUGUAGCUGUGUUCGCAUUUGAUGUUUUUAUCCGGUAAAACAGAGACUUCUGUGAACUUUAUAGUGACUUUGUUAACUUAAUUAAAUUAAGUGUAGUGUGAUCAGUCGGUAACCUUCCCAAAUUGUCGAGUGUCGAUUUUCGGUUGUAAGUUUUGCGGUCUGCAGCCAUAGAUUUUUACAGGGCCAACUAGGUCGCGGAAUAUUUACAUUGUUAGUUUUGCGUAACGAGUGACUUUCCGAGGGCCGAAAUUAGUCCAAACUGUAGACGCACGGUAGAAUGACCACAAUGGAAUGUUAACAAUCGCUUGCGGGAGCUUUUUACAAACUUAAAGGUGGAGUUUAUCAUUUGCAGCUAUCCAAAAAGUAACUGACGAAGUUAUUGUUGAAACGCAUACUUGGUUUAAAGACAGUAAUGGCACUAAACUCCCUGUAAAAUUAAUUUUUUUCUGGCAUGCUGUCAUUUUGAAGAAAACAAUCAAAGAAGGUCAUUUCCAAAGAUGCAUCUAAAGACGCAUUUUUGGAAAUUUCUGUUACUAGCCAUCAAUGGGUGCACGAAAGUGUUGAUAUAAUUCGCCGGUUCAGUGCAUGACAUCGCGUAGCUGCAAUCGGCUGAAUGAGAACGUGUCCCGGACACUGAUUUGGGGCGCAAUUCAAAACACGACUCGGCAACCUUUGAAUUGAAAUCGAGAUUCUAGAAUUAUUGUUUUCCUCGGAAUAUACAGUACUCGCUGAGCUGAAAGUUCUUCAGGUUAGUUCUUAAGCAACUUUUAUUGCUUCAAACAAAAGAAAUGCACAAAUGAUAUACUCUACUGUUAAGUCCAAUGCGAACGUAGCUAGUUACGGCAAUUAGCCCUGAAUGUGGAUUGAUCCCGAGGUUGCGAUUUUUCUGGCUUUACACCCCUCUUAAAAAAUUUACUGAUUUUUAAAUUCUUAUGUACUUUUUUUUUAAAGAACAAGGUUCAUCCUUCACUGUUUUUUUCCUGUAACCUGUGAAAAGUUACUUUUAUUACCUUUUGAUAAAGACAAUACAAUGUAUAUGUACUUAUUCAGUAGAUGUUAAACACAAUAAGGACCUUUUGGCGAUUUUACUGCUGGCGAUGCCCGCUCAUGUAAAGAAAUUCUUCAAAUAAUGUAUCACUAAUAAACUGUAUAUACAGUAUGUAUUUUGCAUAAUGGAUUAUCAGCUAUCUCUGUGUGUACGGUAGUAACCUAAAUUAGAUGUUGCUGUGGAGAGAAAUGUCUACAAAUAGUGUCCUUUGUUUGGAUACAAAACAAUGGAAAUGCCUUUGGCUAAACUGUGAAUCUGUCAGUUAUAAAGUUGUAGUCGUACAAUCUCCAUGCUAAAGAACACAAUGCCGAGUUUCGCUUCUAUUUUUGAAAAGAACGUCGUCGUCUUUGGAGUGUAAAAUUGGAAAUGUGCCUUGAAUUAUUCAAAUUGGAAUAUUUCAGGAAGUAGUUUAAAUAAAUCGUGCUUGCAAUUGUGAUUUAGAGUAGUCAGAUUUGGGGUUUCUGUUUCGGAUUGAGGAAGAUACAUUUUUGUGUGCUGUGGUGUGGACAGUGCUUGACAGUGGCAAUGGUUUGAAUAAACAUGGACUUUACUCACACAGAGAACGGGAUACGUGUCUCUUGAUGACAUGGUCUCCAUUAAUGACAUGGAUAUGUGGCGAUCGCUGAUUAGCCUAUGGUGCCUGAUGCUGUCGAGCAGCCAUUUUAGCUCACCCAGCCUCGUGCUGUGUACUGCGUAGUGUACAUGUUGUUACUGGAAUCUGCCCAAUAGUCUGAAGGUUCGAUAGUCUGAUGGUUUAUUGAUCUGAAGGUUCAAUGGUCCGAAUGCACACGUUUCCCAUAACCAGGGUUCAUUGGUCCGAAAAUGAAGUAUGGUUCGUUAAUUUGAAGGCUCUAUAAUCCAAAGGUUCAUUUAUCCGAAGGUUCGGUCGUCCGAAUUUAGAAUACGGUUAAUUAGUUCGAAGGUUUAAAAGUCCGAAACGAAAACAAGGUUCAAUAGUUAGAAGGUUCAUUAUUCCGAAAGCGUACAAGGUUUGAUAGUCCCAAUUGACAAUAGUGUUUAAUGCUGUGAAUUCGGACAGUUGAACGUGACUGUUGAUUCGGACUAUCGAGCCUUCAAAUUAUUCAACCCUAUUCUAUUUUCAGACUAAUGACAAUGACAAUAGCUAGGCUUGAGGUGUGCAUACGCCCCUUAAAUGUGACAUUUACUGCAGAACUUAAUAGGAAUUUGUACAUUUGUCAAUUCAAUAUAUACCGGUAUACGCAAAGGUGUUAUUUGCCUGAAUAAGAUGUGGUGUAAUUUAAAAAUGUGAACCAAAACAAUUUUUUUAUUUUAGGAAUCAUAGACAUUUUUUUAUUUGUCUUGGAAGAUUUGGGAGACUCUUAAUGUUCUUUCGCAAAAGAAUCUGACGUUUUGAACAAAUUUUGUCCAAAUUUGCAUUUUAAUCAACGAGUUGAAAUUCACAUUUUGGAACAAUUGACGACCUUGAUAAAAAAAUUGGAUUAACAAAACAUCAUGUAUACUCCAAUUUUAAACAAUAACUUGUGAUUUUUAUUAAACUGUAAUUAGGUUAUGUAAUGAGGAAAUCGUACUUCAAUAAAAUUAUGUUCACCACUGUACCUAUUUUA